GCCAUAGUACGUACGCGCUGAAACGCUGUCAACGUUGGGAUGAAACACACAACACGCCCACUCCUAAACUGCUUAUAUUUACUUCAAACAGGGUCGCCAUUAGCUGGUUUAACGAAGACACGAAGUCGUCUUCGGGCUUGUUCAGAGUCUAGUCGUUGCCGCGGCAGUGCCAACAUCGCUAAUAUUGCUACUGUUGAUGCUAGCAACAGCGGCUGGUGCACUCUCCUCAUCAGCGCAUGCAGCAGAAUGGCGCCAGCGGCUCCAGCAUGUGUGAUGGCGGCGGCAGGGAGCGACUGUCCCCCUCCAGGAGUUCCCUGCCCGCCGCCACUUCUCGGGUGAGACGCUUCAUCCAGGAGCGGCGGACGCUGCCGCUGCCCAGAGUCAUGGUGGUGUUCUCGGCCGCGGGGGACUCGGAGAAGCCGAGCGAUCCCACGGAGGCGGAGGACGACCUCCGGAAGCCGGCGGCGAGCCUCGCCUGGAGCAAGCCCGCCCUCUCCCCGCCUGACGCCGGACAGGAGCAGGAGUUCCCAGAGGUAAUCUCUCUGAACGUGGGCGGCACCUACUUCACCACCCGCCUGUCCACGCUGCGCCGCUACGACGACACCAUGCUGGCCGCCAUGUUCAGCGGGCGCCAUCAUAUCCCGCGUGACGCCGAGGGGCGCUUCUUCAUCGAUCGGGACGGCGCAUACUUUGGGGACAUCCUGAACUUCCUCCGUGAGGGCGAGCUGCCUCGCAGGGAGCGAGUGAGGGCGGUGCACAGGGAGGCGCAGUACUACUCCAUCGGACCCCUGCUGGACCACUUGGAGGACGCUCAGCCGCUCACAGGGGAGAAGGUGCGGCAGGCCUUCCUCGACCUGCUGCCCUACUACAAAGACAAUCUGGAGCGCAUCGUGGAGAUCGCCAAGCUGAGGGCCAUGCAGAAGAAAGCGCGCUUCGCCAAGCUGAAGGUGUGCGUCUACAAGGAGGAGAUGCCCAUCACGCCGUACGAGCGGCCGCUCUUCAACUCGCUGCGCUUCGAGCGCCCGGACGGCGAGGCCAAGCUCUUCGAGCACCACUGCGAAGUGGACGUGUCCUUCGGGCCCUGGGAGGCGGUGGCCGACGUCUACGACCUGCUGCACUGCAUCGUGGGCGACCUGGCCGAGCGCGGCAUCGCCGCCGAGCAGCAGUGCAUCGGCGUGUGCGACAAGCACCUCAUCAACCACUACUACUGCAAGAGACCCAUCUACGAGUUCAAGAUCACCUGGUGGUGACGCCGCAGUGUUACACUUUCAAAGUUGCCUAUCUCCAACUUUCACCUGAUUUUCUUCUCAUUCCAGCACAGCCUUUUUUACCUCUGUUGUCCACAAUACACUGCUGCUGGAGCCUAUCCCAGCUGAUUCUGAGGACAAGAGGCGGGGUUACACGCUGAACUGAUGGCUAGUCAGCACAACACACACUCAUAUAAUUUAUAUAUUUAUAAAUCUAUGUAUGUAUAUAUCUAUUUAUACAUAUGUAAGUGUAUAUAUAUACAUGUAUGUAUGUACAAAACCCGUUUCCAUAUGAGUUGGGAAAUUGUGUUAGAUGUAAA